AUGAUUGAAGACCUUUUCGUACGGAUGACCCUCAGUCGGGCCUCACUGUGGGCUCUAGGGCUAUUCGUUGCAUUCUGCGUCUUCAGAAAAUUUCAAGCUUCAGCACAAAUCGCCCGGCUCGGGUUGAGAGCUCCUAGGAUCAAGUUUCAUCUCCCAUAUGCUCUCGACUUCAUCUUCCAAGGCUACAAAGCCAACCAAGUGAACCGCGACUUAGAGUUCUGGGACGAACAAAUGGGGCAAGCAGGCGGCCUGACAAAUGUGAAGACAGCCGAACUCGAUGCUGGCAUUUCCACCCGUAUGAUCCUUACCAAGGAUCCAGAAAACAUUAAGGCAGUCCUCACAGGCCAGUUCGCCGACUAUGGCAAGGGUGAGUCCUUCCACCAGGAGUGGAAGGAGUUCCUAGGCGACAGCAUCUUUGCCACAGACGGGGAACUAUGGUCACGUUCCCGCCAGCUCAUCCGUCCCAUGUUCGUGCGUGACCGCAUAGUUGACACAGAAAUCUUUGAGAAGCAUGUUCAAAAACUCAUUCCGCUUCUCGGCGGCAGCGACUCACCCAGCAGCAGCAAGAUAGUGGACGUCGGGUCACUCUUUUUCCGGUACACUCUCGAUGCAGCAACAGACUACCUGCUCGGCAAGGGUACCGACAGUUUAGAUAAUCCGGCGACCCGGUUCGCCGAAGCCUUCAGAUAUGUGCAACAGCGCCAAGCGGAAUUUUUCCGCUUCGGAAUCUUUAGCCGUGCCAUGUCACGCACCGAGUUUCGCAAGAACCUCAGGAUAAUGGACGAGUUCAUUCAGCCAUAUAUUCAAACGGUCCUCGCCCGCUCAGCCAGUGAACCUAACGAGAAGCUCUCAAAACGUGAGACCUUCCUCGACGCGCUAGCUAGCUUUACCCGCGAUCCCCGUGUGCUCCGUGAUCAACUCGUUGCCGUUCUCCUCGCAGGCCGCGACACUACAGCCGCCACACUGUCCUUCUGCCUCUUUGAGCUAUCACGCAACCCAGAAGUCGUUGCCAAGCUGCGCGACGAGAUCCGUGACAGACUCGGCGUUGGCAUCAAUGCCCAGAAACCUAGCUACACUGAUCUUAAGGAAAUGAAGUACCUUAAUGCAGUGCUACACGAGACGAUGCGUGUAUACCCAGUCGUGCCAUUCAACGUGCGCAACUCUCUGCACGAUACCACUCUCCCACGCGGCGGUGGACCGGACGGACGCUCACCAGUGGGUGUGCGUGCAAACUCGCGGGUUAUCUACUCAACGAUGCUAAUGCAACGAGAUCCUGAUUUGUAUGACGGCCCCGAAUCGGAGAACUACUUUGAUCCUGGGAAAUGGAUUCCUGAGCGGUGGGUUUCCGGCUGGCAGCCUAAGCCAUGGCAUUUUGUUCCUUUUAAUGGUGGCCCACGGAUCUGUAUUGGCCAGCAGUUUGCUACUAUUGAGAUGGGGUACACGGUCAUUCGGAUCUUACAGAAUUAUGAGCGGAUUAUUGCGCUACCGGUUGGUGGCAAAGAUAAAGUUGACGACCCGGUGCUUCGGUUUGAAGUUACCCUCAGUCCGGGCUCUGAGUUGAACUGCGUUUUCCUCAAGGAGGGUGAAGAGGCUGCGCGUAGUGCCACACAGUCGAAUUUUGCUUGA